UCAUGGGGACCCCGGGCAAUAGGGGAUCAUGGGGCCCCUGUGUCCUUGCCCAAACUCAAAAAAGCCUAUGAAAAAGGUACCAGUGGCAUCUCAUGGGGCCCCCUACUGACCCCGGGCCCUCGGGCAGUGCCCGGGUUUCCAAAUGUUCAGUCCGCCCCUGCUACUGCCCUCUUUUAUCAAGAAAACUGCUAUGUGAGAGAAACUACUAUAACAUUGAAACCACCAUGAUACUUAAAUAUUAUCAGUGGACCUUGGGUGAUAUCAGGGGCUGAUCAUGAGGCCCCCUACAUCAUGUUAACCACCACUGAUUU